AUGUCAUCAAAACUCCGAAACAGAGGCUCUGACGAAACCGAUGAAGCUGAAACGUUAGUUAAUAAAGAAGAUCAAUAUCAAUCUUGGCUGCAACUAAACCAAAUCAAUCGAAGUCACGUAUUCAACAUGCCAAGAUUCAAGGACAUUCGAGCAUGGGGACUACUGAUUGUGACGUCAAGUCAGGAUUGCUGCACACUCUCAUUUCUUUGA